GAGAGAAAUAAAAGAGAAAAGAGUCGAUAAAGAGCAUGCUUAACAAAUUUGUUGACAGUUGUAUUUUAGUUCAGUGCCAGAUUUCAAAUGGUUAACAAGAAAACAGACUAAGAUAGCCAUCGUACACAAAAUCAAAGCUAUAGAACAAAAAAAGAACAAUUGAACAAAAGAAUACAAUUUCAUUUUCUUUGACAUUUACUCGGUGUUUUUUUCGUUUGAAAGGAUAAAAUAACUCGUUGAAUAAAAACAAGGACUUCUAUUUUAACAAACAUUACCGAUAAAAAAAUUCUUUCGUGAAAAGUGUGAAGAAAAGUGCUUUUUUUAUUCUCUCUGAAAAUUCUUUUCUCACAGAAAUAUACAGUUUUUUUGUCAGACAUUUCGGGCAGUUAAUAAAUGAAAGGUUGAAAUUUGGUCUUGAAGAAAAAUUGUUUAAAUGGAUUCAUUGUGUAUGAGUGUAGUUGAACAAAUGCUCUCUAAUAAUAGAAAAUGUACGAAUUCUAAGAAGAACUUUCCUAUUCAAAUCUAGUCAUAUGGAAUAUGAGAAAAGUAAUAAUCGUGUAAAUCAUUACGAGUUGACUAAACAUGAGCGUUACGUUUAAUGUGAAUUAACCAACGAUAGAAGCAUCCGGCAUCGUGCAGCCACACGAGUAAAUUCAAUAUGACUGAGCAAUUGCAUAACGGUAAGCAACAAUAGACACGUGACAAUUGGAUAAGAAUCUCUGAAACAAUUCAUGUGAACAUCCAAACGAAAACAAAACACGAUCUGGCAUUAGACGGUAUCUAGUAGUGUGGUGUGGGCGCAAUCGGACGACAGAUCAUUGCCAGUGACACGCACAUCUCAAAAUGGAUCAUGCUGUGAAAACAUCUAAAACAAAGCCAUGGGACAAGUUAAGAUUCGAAAACGAAGAGCUCGAAACUCUUUAUCAACGUUACACGUUGAAAAUGCAGCGAUUUUCUGUUAUUGGCGUUGUGUCAUUAUUUGUUAUUUUUUGCAUGACAAUGAUGACAUUGAGCUAUGUGUACAGUAGCCUAUUAACAUUGCACAAUAUCUUCAUUUCAUUGAUGUGUCUUCUGUUUCUAAUAAUAUUGGCAUUGCUACAAUUCCGAGUCAUUCAAGACUCGUAUCUUUUAUCAUUGUGCUAUGGCAUCCUAUUGGCCGCUACAAUUUUAUGUGUUAUGUCAAUGCCAGCGUUGAACAAAAUUAUUCCAAUCGACACAAAAGAGGAUUUAACUGAAGGUGUUUGGCAAGUAACGUUUGUCGUGUUUGUUACUUAUGUUCUAAUGCCCCUGCAAAUCUGGGAGGCCAUAGUAUUUGGUUUUUUGUUGCCCAUAAUUCAUAUCAGUUUAUCGACAUUUCAAAUGCUUACCGAACCCCAUUACUACUAUGACUACAGUCCUCUGUGGGCCAAUUCCAUCACAUUUAUAGGCGUUAAUGUGUGUGGAAUAAUAGUUAAUGUGAUGAUGGAACGUGCACAGCGGCGCGCAUUUUUAGACACGCGAAACUUUGUUGCCGCUCGUCUCGAAAUGGAGGAUGAAAAUGAAAAAUUAGAACGACUUUUGUUGAGCGUACUACCAAGACACAUUGCAAUCGAAAUGAAAAACGAUAUAUUGUCACCGGUUAAAACGCAAUUCCAUAAAAUCUAUAUUCAAAAACAUGAUAACGUCAGUAUAUUGUUUGCGGAUAUUGUUGGUUUUACGGUGCUUGCUUCACAAUGUAGCGCCCAAGAGCUGGUGCGGUUGCUGAAUGAACUGUUUGGUCGCUUUGAUCAACUGUCAAACGACCACCACUGCUUGAGAAUCAAAAUUCUUGGCGAUUGUUAUUACUGUGUGGCAGGUCUACCAGAGCCAAGAGCAGACCAUGCAAAGUGCGCCGUUGAAAUGGGAUUGGAUAUGAUUGACGCAAUUGCUGAAUUUGUUGAUUCAACGGAUGUAAAGCUAUCGAUGCGCGUUGGGAUUCAUUCUGGUCGGGUUCUGUGUGGCGUAUUGGGUCUUCGAAAAUGGCAGUUCGAAGUCUGGUCAAAUGACGUUACGCUGGCCAAUCAUACUGAAUCUGGCGGAGAACCAGGACGAGUUCAUGUAACAAGGGCCACGUUGGACUGUCUUGGUGGUGAAUAUGAAGUUGAGGCCGGCUUUGGUUCCACGCGUGACUCUUAUUUGAGAGAACAUGGCGUCGAUACAUUCUUCAUUAUCCCACCUAAUCACAGACGAAAGCCGCUGCUCAUGAAUACAUUGGGGGUUAGAUCAGCUAUCGGAUCAGCAAAUCGUCGCAAACUAUCCUUUAGAAAUGUUUCAAAUGUAGUGAUGCAAUUAUUACACACCAUAAAAUACUCUGUUCCGGUUCCUUUUUCCCAUUUGGCUACACCGAAUUCGAAUUACAUGAGUCCCAGCCAGAAUUCAUCAGUUGUCGGACUCAAUGACGCCAACCGAAAAAGUGCGGUCGAUAGAUUCAAGCGGCCGUUCAAGAAGCGCCACUCAAGCUUACAUCAUCAGCCGACAAAUCGAGUGAACAAAUUUCUAUCACAAGCUAUUGAAGCUCGAAGCGUUGAUCAUGAUAAAGCUGUUCACGUUAAUCGCUUCACUUUGCAAUUCCGUGAUCGAGAUGUCGAACGAAAUUACCACAAAGAUAUUGAUCUGGCUUUUUCUGGAGAGCUUGUGUGCAGCUUGUUGUUGUUAAUGCUCAGCACUGCACUGCAAGUGGCUGUUUUUCCGCGAACGUUCAUUUUGUUGUUAUUAUUUCUGACUGCAUUCAUUUGGAUUUCGUCCAUCCUGAUGUUGAUGCUGGCAGCACGAUUGAAAUGGAUUCUAUGGGAUCUAUCGCAUUGCUUCACGCUUCGGCUGGCCAUCAUUGUGUUCACAAUCGUCCUCCUGUACUCGGUUAGUCAAGUGAAUAUGUUUACUUGUCUCACGAAUCUUUCUUGCAAAAAUGAUACAACCAUCAUCCUCAACAACGGAGCCACGUUCCCAUUGACGGGCUACAGUCACCGCAGAUGUUCACUUCCUCAAUACAUAUCGCUAGCAGCUGCAUUUGCUUUUCUCUGUGUAUCGGUGUUCUUGAGACUACCAUUUUUGAUAAAAACCGCCUUGGUGUUUCUGAUGGGAGUGGUGUACAGCCUGUACAUUCAGUUAUCACAUAUUGAGAUUUUCAAAUGUUAUGACGAUCGAGUGAAUUCAUCAAUUCCACAGCAUACAAUAACUCUUUUACGCAUUGUCCUGUUCAUGAUAGCAGUUUUAACUCAUGGCCGACAGGUGGAAUGGACGGCUCGUCUCGAUUUUCUCUGGCAAUUGCAGGCUUCGCAUGAAAAACGAGAAAUGGCUGUCUUACAAGAAUCAAAUCGUCGAAUCCUAUUCAAUUUACUACCGGCCCAUGUUGCCGCACAUUUCCUCGACUAUCAAUUUCGUGGUGCUAACCAUGGUGGACCUGGUGCGGGUAAUACAAUCGGACAAGACUUGUAUUACCAGAGUUACUCAAAAGUCGGAGUUAUGUUUUGCAGCAUACCGAAUUUUCAUGAAUUUUAUACAGAGUUAGAUGGAAAUCAACUGGGCGUUGAAUGCUUACGGCUGUUGAAUGAAAUUAUUGCCGAUUUCGAUAAUCUUCUGGCACAGGAACGUUUUGUGGCAAUCGACAAAAUAAAAACAGUUGGCAGUACUUAUAUGGCAGCAGUAGGCCUGAUUCCAGAUUACAAAAUGAACAAUGAUGUUCAUUUGACCCGAAGACACAUGACAACACUAUUUGAAUUUGCACGAGCUAUGCGCACUUCCAUACAGAACAUCAAUGAGAACUCAUACAACAAUUUCAUUACACGAAUCGGCAUAAACAUUGGACCGGUUGUAGCUGGCGUGAUUGGUGCAAGAAAACCGCAAUACGAUAUUUGGGGCAAUACGGUUAAUGUGGCCAGUAGAAUGGAUUCGACAUGCAUACCCGGUGAAAUACAAUGCACACAAGAAGUCGUCGACAGUUUGCAGGGAUCUCAUUUCGAUUUUCGAUGCAGAGGACACAUUAAGGUGAAAGGUAAAGGAGAAAUGAUUACAUUCCUGUUGGUUGAUCCACCGAACUCAAGUCAGUUCAAUGCUUGCCGAGAAUAUCAAGAUUCGUCGUUGACUCCAUAUAAUUCAGCUAUGAAUUCUUCGAAUAUGUGCCCUUCAACAUCGAAGCACAUGUCAAAUGUCAGACUCUCACAACACGGAAAACCACAGUCGAGUGGAUAUCGACCAAAUGUUGUGAUGGCUGAGAACCAGAAGAAGAGCUACAACUACAUGGCCAGCCCCAACUAUUUGCAAUAUGAAAACACCUAUCAGAAGUAUAAAAAUAUUUGCCAUAACAAAGACGUGACCAAUUUCCGGGAGAGCAAUUUGAACCAUGACCAACGAAUGGUCGAAUAUCGCAACCAUGAAGAUGCAGGGUACGCUCCAAACGAUCGUUAUGGAGAUGUUGAAGUUAAAACGGAAAAUAAUAUGCAAUCAUCUGACGAUGAAGGUGGCUUUAGGCAAAACAUUCACUACCAAAAGAAUCAAUUCAAUCUUCUCAAUGGUGUAAACGUAUGCAAUGGUACUAAUGGGGAAAUGGGGUACAAUCUAAAAGAAAUGGAGCCCCUUUUACACGGAGGCAACAUUCGUGAUCCAAUGCAAAUAACAAACAACCGGCAAAAAUACGAACCACCACAUUAUGCAAACCCCCAUGCAAUGUCAAUGCAAAGUUCGCAGAAACCUUCGGAAAAUCAAGUAACGAACCAUUGCCAUAACAACAGAUUCAAUCAUCAUCACCACCACCAUCAUCAGCAAAAGCAGCAACAAUUUCAACAUGGAAAUUCACCAUACCGAAAGGUACCUCCCAUACCUUCGAUGCAACCUUACACAAAACCACUACCAAAGCUCCCGACAAAUAUAGAUGAAGGGCCUGAAUCGUCAACUGAAGAUAUAAGUAGACCAUAUUCACCAAGUUUGAGCUCAUCAAACGAAGAUAUUCUGAAACCAACGGCCAGAAUCGGUGAUCGUGGAGACUGUGAUUUAGCGGAAAAUCGAAUGAACGUACAAAAUGAUUGGCUUUUGAGAUCGGCUAUACAUGCGGAAUCCAACUAUCCACAAUAUCCUCAACAAUUCGGUGCUGGUUCAAAGCUUAACUCCAUCGAUUUGGCAUAUCUAAAAGACCUUGAUCUAAGUUCCACGACCGAAAGCCCAUCUACACUAGCAGCGACUAACAGAGAAGUCGAGUCCAGCACAAGUUUCGAAUAUCAAGAGAACAAUUUAAUACGAUCACCGUUUCAACGGGAAAUACAACGUCUUCUCGAUUCAUCGGCGUCAAAAGUUACAAUCACCGGAAACCGAUCAUCAAUCGAUGCACAAAACUACAAUGCAACAAAACUAAAUGCACAACAUAUAAACAAUGACGUCAAUGGUACACUUUCGAACAUUGAACUUGAAGCGGCCCAGAUGCUGUUGGGUGGAGGAAAUUCUGCUAUCGUCAAUGGGAAGCAUCCGGUUGGACUUGAAGCCAUCAAAGAGAUAGCAAAGAAUACAGCCAACUCAGAUUCCAGUCAAAUGCAAAUUUCCGACACGGAAUCCCAUACGGGUAUACUCAAGGAUGUCAUUGAAAGCCGCAUAAUGAACGAUCGCAAGAACACAUUUCCAAUAAACGGUGGGCAUCGAAUGUUCGAGACUCGGAAUUUCAGCGUUGACGAGAACGACGAUGAUGGUGACAUUGAAGGAAUGGAUAGAUCCCAUAUUGUCAAUUCAAAAACAAUUAAUGAUAUCCUAAAGUAUGGUGCACACCAGUCAGCCGAUUCGAAUCCCAUCGAAACACAGUCUGAAUGGAGCGAUGAAGAUGAAAGGGACGAUGAUGAAGCUAAAGGUGGUGCUGAAAGUACAGGCUACAUCACUGACGAGGCCGGCCUAGAGAAUCUCUCUCUAUUGAAUGAAACAGGGUUAACCGAUGCUGAAGCAGCAUUAUCUGACGUGAAUUCAUGUAACGCACAUGACGUAGAUGAUACGUCAAUAUCAAGCCGAGCUAGUUCUCGUUUGCUUAGUCUAGACUCGUUGAGCGGUUUUUACGAUAACGAUAACGACCAAGAACGCAUAACAAACAAAACACAUGAAAAGGCAAUUAUGAAUGUUUCGAGUAAAAUAACGAAUAAAUUUGGUUCGCAAGCACUUUAGUAAACAAAAUGGAAGAAAAGGCUCUUCAUUUCAGAAUUAUACUAGCAAUUAAGGUUUAAAAUAGCUCGAAACAACAGGAUACUUAAAUUAGUAUGUGCGCAAAAUUAUUGUUAUUAUAUAUUAUUUUUUGCAAGUGUAUGAUGAUGCUUACUUAAUAUAAAAUGUGAUUUAGCAUAUGUUUGCUUUGUAAAACAAAGUUAAUUUCAUAUACGCGCAAAGAAUUGGCAAAUUUCCUCAUUUUAGUCGCAAAACAUAGAAUUUUGCAAUUUAGAAAAGAAAAAAAAUGGAUUAAGCUGUACGAUUCCGUUUAUUUUCAAUGAUCAAUGUCUUAAAAUUGUUUGUUGAUUAUUAUUAUUUGUUGAUUUCGCACGAAUCGAUAGUAUUAUGAAUUUUGGUAGGGAUGAGACCCUACAAACUGAUCUCAAUGAUACCUACAACGGAGGAAAGAUUAUUAUUAUCGAUCUAUAACUACUCAUUUUAUAUUCUCAACCAACUUCCAUUCUGACUUCUUGCUUCAUUUCGAAAUUUCAAUAUGUGAUAAGUAAACUAUGUUUAAUUUUAUGUGAAAAAUUGAGAGAUUAUGUAUUAAUGCGCACUUUUGCAUUCAGCAAAUAGCACAUCGCUUCGAAUAAAUGAACAACAAAAAGUUACUCCAUUAAACAUUCUGGAA